GCUGCCGGGCUUCUCGGCCGUGCGCGGGCGCGCUGCUCUCCCUUCCCUCUCAGACCCGCGGGAUCGCGCUCCCAGGCCGGGCUCGGCCGGGAUCCCGCUCGCCGGUUGCCGUUUCCCGGCCCUGCGGGCCGCAGAGAGGGAGAGGCCGCCGGCGUGCAGGCCGCGGUGGGGCGGGGAGCGAGCUAGCGAAGGCCGGAGGCGGGCCCGAAGGCCAUGGAGCCGUUGGCGCGGAGGAGGCCGCACGCGGGCGCGGGCUCCUCGGGUGGCGGCCACCCCGGCAGGCAUCCCACAGGCAAAGCUGAAGAUGGAUCUCGAACCUCUCCUUUCCAUCUUGACCUAUGGUUCUACUUGACAUUGCAGAACUGGAUUCUGGAUUUUGGCCGCCCCAUUGCCAUGAUAAUUUUCCCUCUAGAGUGGUUUCCACUGAACAAACCCAGUGUGGGAGACUACUUUCAUAUGGCUUACAACGUCAUCACACCAUUUCUCUUACUCAAGCUCAUUGAAAGGUCCCCCAAGACCCUGCCUCGAUCCAUUGUGUACGUCAGCAUCAUCACCUUCAUCAUGGGCUCCAGCAUUCACCUGGUGGGAGACUCUGUGAACCACCGCCUGAUCUUCAGUGGCUAUCAGCACCACCUGUCUGUCCGAGAGAACCCUAUCAUCAAGAACUUGAAACCAAAGACCCUGAUUGACUCCUUCGAGCUGCUCUACUACUACGAUGAAUAUCUAGGGCACUGCUUGUGGUACAUCCCCUUCUUCCUCAUCCUCUUUAUGUACUUCAGCGGCUGCUUCACCACUGCAAAGAAGGAGAGCAGGAUGCCUCGGUCAGCUCUGCUCUUGUUGGGGCCCAGCAGCCUGUACUAUUGGUACCUGGUCACUGAAGGGCAGAUCUUCAUCCUCUUCAUCUUCACCUAUUUCGCCAUGAUGGCAUUUGUGAUGCACCAGAAACGGAAGCGCCUCUACCUAGACAGCAACGGACUCUUCCUCUUCUACACCUUCUUCUUCACGCUCCUGUUUGUGGCCCUGUGGGUGCUGUGGCUGUGGAAUGAUCACACCCUCAGGAAGAAAUACCCCGGGGUCAUCUACAUUCCAGAACCGUGGGCCUUCUACACCCUUCAUAUCAGCAGGCACCCCUGACUUCCUCAGGGCCCGAAGCUAAGAGGGUUUUCUUGGGAGGGAUUUUGUGUGAGCAGUCUGUGAAGAAGAAGCCACCCCCUUCUGAGCCUCCCCCCAACAAAACAAAACAUGCUUCCCUCUGCCCUUCCUCUCCCCACCUCACCCUCACCCUGCAAACUAAGUGGGCUUGUGGUGUAUGUGUGUAAUGUUAGGUAUCCAUAUUUUGUUUUGGUCUUUUCAGGCUUGGGUUUAGUUUUAGGAAACACAACAUCACAGGGCUGAAAAUAGGCCUUGUGCAACAAUCUGCCUUGUACAAAAAGCCUUCCCAGGCCCAAUGGGUUUGCUGUAUUUGUGUUACAUGUUGUGAUUGUAAAAACCAGCCAACAAGAGGCGCCUGGGUAGGGACCCAUGGCCAGUGGCAUCUCAGGCGGCCUGAUGUAGAGGGGUUGGAGGAACCUCGGCUCCAGAGCCAUUAUCCUGCCAUGCCCCAUCAGCCCUGGACCUGAGGAGCUCUAGUACAUCUUCUCCAUAGGCAUGGAGUAGUCAUGCCCCUGUAGUCAUAGGAUAAUAGAGAAGGACUGGCUAAAGCCGAGGUGGUGCCUUGGAUGAGCUUGGCCCUGGUGGUGGAAGUCCUGAGUCCCGAGGGAGCUGGAAACGCAUAGAGAUGAUGAAGGCUGGGUGGGCACACAAGAGUAAAGAGGAGGGAUGAGGUUCCAUCCUGUCAGAGAUUAGGUUUUGCUUGGACCACUGGCUCAUUUCCAGGAUUCUUGUCCUGGUCUGUUAUGACAGGAACUGGGCAGUCUGCCAGCUCCAAGUGACCCAUGAGCCAAAUAAUUCCCUCCAAGGGGUCCAGCUCUUCUCCUCCUUGGUGGGGAUUAGGGUGAGGGUUGGGUCUGUAGAGUUGUUCCCCAACUCCAUGGGCAUCUUGGUCUUGUAAUAUAUUUCUUUUUAACCUUCAUGGUCUUUUGAGUUGGCAGAAGAGUUUUCCAGUGCCUCAUUGCUGGGAUGGAGGUGACCCUGGGUUCUUGAAGGCUCUAACAGGGCCUGCCACACCAGAAAGGUAAUGAGCUGUGCCACCCAGUCUGAGGACCAGCCAGUGGAAGCAUAGGGAGGGGCUCAUGACCACCCUUACCAGGUGGUUAAACGGUUUUGGCCACUAGUAAAUACAGUCUACUAAGGUGCGAAGGGGGUGGAACAUGGUAAUGCUGAUGACUUCUCACAUCUUUUGAAGUAAAUCAUCUUGAGUUCCAGGAAAACAAGUGAGUCUUGCCUCUGCUCCUCCUGCUGGGGGAAGCUGGGGAGGCUCUGGGGGCUAUCCCUGAAGUUUAGGGACUGCUGAGCUGCUGCCCAGCCCAGGGACACCUGGAGGCCCCUGGUCCACCCUCAGGCCAGGGCAAGCAGGGGGCAUUAACCCUUCUUUCCCCCUCCCUUCUAUGGAAGCCAUUCUUGAUUCUUUUACUUGAGAAUAGUGGUGUAAACCCUCUUUUCAGCCUAAACCAAACUUGAAGAAAUGGAAUGUCUAGUCUAAAGACUCGUUGCAAAAGUUGGAGUGGAGGUGGGAUAGGUAGAAACCUUCAUUGUUUAUCCUCACUCUUCCAGGAUGCAUUUAGGCAGCUACACACCAUCCUAAAAUGGUAGAGAGGGAAUGGGGGUGGAGAAGAGACUUGAUUCUCAGAAGGGGUGGCUUUUCAGCUCACCCCCGCACCCCCUACUUGUAGCCUUGGCCCAUCUGUGCUAUGCCCCCUGUCAUCAACUCAGUGGCCUCAGGCUUCCUCCUUGGGAAUCACGUCACGUUCUGAAGGCAGAUCCCUCCUUGUGCUGUUGGUCAGGCAGGCUCUGCCAUGCCUUGUUCUUCCCACUCAAGGCAAGGGCUCCCCCUCCCCCUCCUAUUAUACUCAGGUGAUCCAUGCCCUGUCAGGGUUCCCCUUAUCUAAUGGCACAUCUGGGCCCCAAGACUGGAUGAUUCCUCCCCCAUGCAUAGACUCACUGCCCCUGUCCCUAGCUGUAAAUAUCUUGGCAGCCAUGGCUGUAGUUAAUGGGAGUCUAAAUAAAUGUGUGUACUU